AGACCAGCCCUGGUAAGCUAAAUAGUCUGUAAAGCGAAGUGUGUCUACAAUGAAGCAAUCGUUUAUUUACAUGCAAUUUCGUAAUAUCGCAAGGGUUUGAAGAAAAGGAAAUGUGUAUACUCAAGGCGUACAUGUGAAGUUCAGAAGAAAAACAAUCAUAAUAAACAUGGAUUCUUUAGAGAUGAAUUCUGAGCCAAAAGACCGCCAUAGCAAACUGCUGUGUUUAGACGUUAAAGUGUGGAUAGUUAUUUUGUUAGUUAUUAUGAUAUCCGGAUUCGUGGCUUUGACAAUCGGCAUCGAGUCUUUGAACUGCAAUUCGCAUGAUUGUUCGCCACAAAGUUUUACUCAAACUUUGCAACAGACCGGCAACUGGAGAAACAGAUUGAUGUACCCAGGAAACGGCAAGGGAGCGGCCGCAUCACGGAUACAAGACUCCGAGUCCGACGUUCCUAUUUCUUUUUACGCUUAUGUCUCCGAUGACUUCAGGAUAGAGAAGAAUUCGGGACAUAUGUUUACUUACGAUGUAGUGGUCACUAACAACGGGCUUGGUUAUAACAAAACCACGGGAGUGUUUACCUCCCCGAUUUCAGGUGUGUUUGCUUUUUCAUGGACGGUCGUUGCUUCCGGAAGUCACCUGAAGGGCUCCUCUGGUAGUUACGGCGAAAUUUCGACCCAUAUUUUGCACAAUGGCCAUAUUGUGGGAACAUUGAACGCAGACACGGAGAAGCAAUAUGAUGACGCUGUUUCCACUGGUUUUGUUGUUCUGAACCUAGAAAAAGGAGAUGUAGUACAAAUAGCAAGUGCGUGGAAAAGUCAGGGGGCGUUUUACAGCAACACCGCGUUUGGUCGAUGGACCUUCUCAGGCUUCCAAAUAUAAUAAGUGGAAAUUACAAAAUAUCAGAAGGGUGUACAUUUUGUAUUGUAAAUAUUUUUUCAUGAAAUCCAUUAUAUAUCAUGUGUUGUACAUUUGUUUCAUAAUAGAAACAAAGUAUGCUGCAAUGACAUGCAAAGGGAGUGUAAGGACAUACAUAACAACAUAAGCGUGUGUACAACAGCGACAUAAGUAUGUAUAUGAUAGCGACAUAGCGAAAUACAUCAUAAUGAUAUAGAGAAAUAUAUAAUAACGACAUAGAGAAAUACAUCAUAACCACAUAGAGAAAUACAUCAUAAUCACAUAGAGAAAUAUAUCAUAAAGACAUAUAGAAAUAUAUUAUAACCACAUAGAGAAAAACAUCAUAAUCACAUAGAGAAAAACAUCAUAACCACAUAGAGAAAUACAUCAUAACCACAUAGAGAAAUAAAUCAUAACCACAUAGAGAAAUAAAUCAUAACCACAUAGAGAAAAACAUCAUAAAGACAUAUAGAAAUAAAGCAUACCGACAUAGAGAAAAACAUCAUAACGACAUAGAGAAAUACAUCAUAAAGACAUAUAGAAAUAUAUAAUAACGACAUAGAGAAAUAAAUCAUAACAACAUAGAGAAAUAUAUCAUAAAGACAGAGAAAUAUAUGAUAACGACAUAGAAAAAACAUCAUAACGACACAGAGAAAUAUAUAAUAACGACAUAGGGAAAAACAUCAUAACCACAUAGAGAAAUGUAUCAUAACGACAUAGAGAAAUAUAUAAUAACGACAUAGAGAAAUACAUCAUAACCACAUAGAGAAAUAUAUCAUAAAGACAUAUAGAAAUAUAACAUAACGACAUAGGGAAAAACAUCAUAACCACAUAGAGAAAUGUAUCAUAACGACAUAGAGAAAUACAUCAUAACGACAUAGAGAAAUAUAGCAUAACCACAUAGAGAAAUAUAUCAUAAAGACAUAUAGAAAUAUAUAAUAACGACAUAGGGAAAAACAUCAUAACCACAUAGAGAAAUGUAUCAUAACGACAUAGAGAAAUACAUUAUAACGACAUAGAGAAAUACAUCAUAACCACAUAGAGAAAUAAAUCAUAAAGACAUAUAGAAAUAUAGCAUAACGACAUAGAGAAAUACAUCAUAACGACAUAGAGAAAUAUAUAAUAACGACAUAGAGAAGUACAUCAUAACCACAUAGAGAAAUACAUCAUAAAGACAGAGGAAUACAUCAUAACCACAUAGAGAAAUAUAGCAUAACCACAUAGAGAAAUAAAUCAUAACCACAUACAGAAAUAAAUCAUAACCACAUAUAGAAAUAUAUCAUAACCACAUAGAGAAUAACAUCAUAACCACAUAGAGAAAUACAUCAUAACCACAUAGAGAAUUAUAUCAUAACCACAUAGAGAAAUAUAUAAUAACGACAUAGAGAAAUAUAUCAUAACCACAUAGAGAAAUACAUCAUAACCACAUAGAGAAUUAUAUCAUAACCACAUAGAGAAAUAUAUAAUAACCACAUAGAGAAAUACAUAAUAACCACAUAGAGAAAUAUAUCAUAACCACAUAGAGAAAAACAUCAUAACCACAUAGAGAAAUACAUAAUAACCACAUAGAGAAAUAUAUCAUAACCACAUAGAGAAAAACAUCAUAACCACAUAGAGAAAUAUAUAAUAACGACAUAGAGAAAUACAUAAUAACCACAUAGAGAAAUACAUCAUAACGACAUAGAGAAAUAUAUCAUAACCACAUAGAGAAAUACAUAAUAACCACAUAGAGAAAUAUAUCAUAACGACAUAGAGAAAUAUAUCAUAACCACAUAGAGAAAUACAUAAUAACCACAUAGAGAAAUACAUCAUAACCACAUAGAGAAAUACAUCAUAACGACAUAGAGAAAUACAUAAUAACCACAUAGAGAAAUAUAGCAUAACGACACAUAGAGAAAUAUAUAAUAACGACAUAGAGAAAUAUAUCAUAACGACAUAGAGAAAUACAUCAUAACGACAUAGAGAAAUACAUAAUAACAUCGGAAAUACAACGUGUACAAGACAUUGAUAUGCGUGCAUAAUACCGACAAUAAGGCAAUUACUAACAGCAUACAGGAUGUAUGAUAACAACAUUAUAUCGGCAUAACUAGAAUUGUACGUGCUACCGGCAUAACUUGGGAUGUGACUGACCUUUGCGAUUGGAUAAUGCACUCAUACUAGUGAAAACUAUGUCGAAUUCACUUAUCCUUGCAAUGAAGAUGUGACGCUCCUUGCAAUGAGGAUGUGAUGCGCCAUGUGAUGGUGGUUUUCUUUUGCAUUUCUUUUAUAUAUUGAGUUAUUGAUGUAAAGGCAUAUAUUCUAUACCAGGUCAACAGGGGAUGCUUACUCCUCCUAGGCACCUGAUCCCACUUCUGGUGUGUCCAGGGGUCCGUGUUUGCCCAACUAUCUAUUUUGUAUUGCUUGUAGGAGUUAUGAGAUUGAUCACUGUUCGUUAUCUUCACCUUACGUAAAAACUCAUGGUGAAGGUUUUAAAAACGUAUUGUCCUUUUAUAUAUCGCAACAUACUGAAUAUUGCUCACCUACUAAGACCAAUACAUUUGUAUUCUUCGCCUGUAAUUCUUUAUACCUGAGUAAUAAAAGCAGUUAAAUUUC